AAAGUAUGAUGCUACGAUUAGACCCGAGGCAGCCGAAGGUAAAGCAACCCAGGUGCUUGUGGAUAUGACCUUGAUCUCCCUGGGACCUGUGAAUGACAUAGAAAUGGAAUUCAGCACCAGUUUUCUCCUCCGUCAGGAGUGGCGAGAUCCUCGCUUAACAUACGACGAUUUCAAUUCAAGUAUUGUCAUCAGCGAGAAGCGCCUGAACUCGCUGUGGGUGCCUGACCUGUACUUCCCCAAUUCUAAGCGAGAAAGCAGACAUGAAAUCACUAUCCCGAAUAUCUUGAUUCGCCUGUCCCCGGACGGAACAAUUCUGUACUCGCAAAGGUUGUCGAUGACGCUGGAGUGUACCAUGAACCUCAUCAACUUCCCCAUGGACAAGCAAACCUGUAAUAUCGACAUGGAAAGUUACAGCUACACGUCCUCCGAUCUCUACUACGAGUUUACGACGGAGCGGCGUGCCGUCGAAAGUCGCCCGGGGGUACAGAUUCCUGACUUCCAGAUCACCGACAUCACUGUGGGGACAUGCCAGAACAAAUACGUUACCGGAGCGUACACAUGUCUCAGGGCUGACGUCAGUAUAAAACGAGAGAUCGGCUUCUACGCCACACAGACCUACAUCCCAAGCGUCCUCAUCGUCGUCCUGUCCUGGGCCUCGUUCUGGAUAGACCACGAGGCAGUUCCCGCCAGAAUCUCCGUGGGGCUCCUUACAGUGCUGACAAUCACCACCCAGAGCUCAGGUGCGCGUGCACAACUUCCCAGGGUCCCCAACGUGAAGGCCAUCGACGUGUGGAUGUUGGCGUGUCUGGCGUUUGUGUUUGCCGCCUACACGGAGUAUGCUGUCGUCACGGUGCUGACCCGGCGUCACAAGAAGGUGCUGAAGAAGGAUGAUUCUAUAUAUAAGAUAAGCAAAGCACCAUCACAAACAGAGGCAAAGAAUGGACAUGGAAAACCGGAAGUGCGCAGUUCCGACUACGCGAAAGACGCCGGCAUUCUAGUCGAUAACAUUUCAAAAUACGGAUUUCCGAUUUCUUUCAUCAUAUUCAACAUCGUAUACUGGGUGUAUUACUUACACCUCGCGUGACUGGAGUCCAAGCAAGAUGACCACCUGUUUGGUACAGUGGAUUAACAGCAAUGACACUGAGGAAACAACACUGUUGUUUUCCGAACAUGCCUCGUUAGAAGCAUGCAGUGAUGUUCAUGUACAUUUUUAAUUUUUCUCUUUUUUAAUAAAUAUAGUAAAUGCUACAUUUAGCAAAAAAAGUAUAAUGUGUCAUGCAUCAGUGUAGAUUAGUCACACCACCAAUGUCACGCCUCUUUUGCCAGGGUUUGCAUCAGCGUGAUGUUGGGGGAAGCGAACGUUAAUGUAAUGCGGGUCUCACGACUUUGUUGAAAACCCACGA